AUGGAUAUAUUCCUGUCAAUCAAAGUUCAUUUCCAAGGUGUGUUCUUCAACAAACCUUUUUUCUAUUCUGAUGGUGUUCAUCAUGUGUUCGAGAACGUCGAUUUUGUUGCUAUGUCAUAUAAUGAGUUUGUGGGUUUUCUUGAACGAUUCACACAAGAGAAGUAUAAGAAACUUUAUUAUUGUCAACCCGAUUUACAAAUCCCGGAAGGUUUAACCUUGAUUUCGAAUGAACGUCAAUAUCAAGAAUUUAUAGACAUUGCUUAUGAAUGUGGAGUACAAGUUUCUGUUUACAUGGACCAUUUUGGUACUACUGUGCAUGUAACGAAGGCAAAUGAAAAUGAAAAUGAGGAUAAUUGUUUUGUCAAGUCAAACAUGUCAAUCGAAGGGGAAGAAGGUAUUGACCUAACUGAAAUUAAGAGUCCACAAGAAAUCAACAUGGAAGGAGUAACCUAUGAAGGAGUAAGGCAGGGUAAUGGAAAUGAGGAGGCCACAGAAGGUGAUCUAAAAGAUGAUAAUGUCCUAGAUGUGAAAGGAAAACUAACGUUUAAUGAAGACAUACCUUGGAAGAAGCAGUUGCCAAUUCUAGGUAUGAGGUUUACCAACCCUAAACAAUUAAUAUUUAUGAUUUGUAAGUAUGUUGUAGUAAAUGGAUAUCAAUUGUACUUUGAAAAAAACGACAGUAAAAGGUUAUUGGUUAAGUGUAGUAAUGGUCAAUGCACAUUUAGGAUUUGGGCAUCAUGGAUGAGUGAGGAGCACUCUUUCCAAAUCAAGUCCCUUAUCAUUGACCACAAUUGUGCAGGAAAUUUUAAAUUAGGGUCAAUUGUUAAUUACAGAUGGAUUGGUAGUCAUUUCACCCGGGAAGUGCUUGAGAAUCAGAAAUUCAAUGUUAGGAUGUUAAAAGAGGAAGUAAAGACUAAAAUUGGCAUAGAGGUUAGUAUGGGACAAUGUAGAAGAUCUAAGCAACAUGCAAUGUCUCUUGUUAAAGGUACCAUAGUGGGAAAUUAUGCAAAGUUGUGGUCCUAUGGUGAAGAGAUAAAAAGGGAUGGUAACAAUCAUUUAUACCCAAUAGCUUGGGUUGUAGUUUGUGUUGAAAAUAAAGACAACUGGAAAUGGUUCUUAGAAAACUUGCAAGAAGAUUCGCAUCUUGAAGGUGGGUUUGGUAGGACAUUGAUGUCAGAUCAACAUAAUGGGAUAAUUGAAGCCGUGAAAGAUUUAUUUCCAGAGAUAGAACAUAGGCAAUGUGCCAGACAUGUUCUUUCCAAUUUCAAGAAGAAAUUCCCUAGGGCUCAGUAUUGGCAAGUGCUUCCUAGCAGCCUAAAUACAUUUGAAACAAGAAACUUAGGAGAGUCUUAUGGAGUUGAUCUGGAAAAGAAAAAUGUUCUUUUAGGAUUUGGCAAAUGA